AUGGACAACGAUCCAAUCGUAUCGGAAGUGAAUAAGAGGGAUACCGUUUUGAUCCUUUUGUUUGGAGUAAUUUCAGGAGUUCUGAACGAAGUCAUUUCAUGGCUCUUCAUAUAUCGGAAAGAGAAAUUUAAGAAGUCAUUUAACGAAUUAUGUGACGCUUUUGAGCUGUAUAUGCUCUCGAAAGGAUAUAAUGUUGUUGUAGCAAGGUCUAAAACAAUGUCACACGGUGGAGAAUCACCUUCGAAGGUUUUAAUGGAAAAAUCAAAAAAUAUUAAGGGUAAUCUGACAUUUUCAACCUUCAUAACUGGACUGUUGCUUAUGGGACUAAUGCCUGCCGUGAUGAGCGUGUUUGAAUACUCAGUGGUUGCAAAACUGCCCUUCACGCCCCUUCCGCCAUUAUCCAUGUUCACACAUAGCAAACUGCUAGGCAACGACAUCACUGACUGUACAGCAACUGCAGUCUACACAGUCAUUUCAAUCUUAGCAAGACAAUACACAAAAGCACUCCUAGGGUAUUUUCCAAUUUCAUACUCAAUUUUAUAUAGGUUUGAGUCGCCUUUAUCUCCAUUCAGAGAAAGUGUUCUACAAGAACAAGUUAAAAGAGAAAAAUGA